CUGCACUACUAAGGAAGUAAGUAAGUAAGCCCUAAAAGACGCUAUCAAACUCCAUGACGUCACAGUGACCUGGUGCGGGAACUUCAAAGAUGCGUCGCCACCUGUAUAUCGCUUUCGCGCUUUUUCUUGCUUAGUAAUCGUCUUAUCGUGGUAAGAUUGGUGUUUUUGGUGUUGUAGAAGGGUAAUUUAAUGAUGCAGCAGAAAUCAUUUUUCUCUUUAGUGUCCCUUUAAGAAGUGUGCGUCACCAAAAAAAAAAAAAAAAUAAAGAUACGUUGAUCAACUCCGUAGCUACGAAGGAAGGCAGUACAACUGCUGGCUCCUGCCCGUCCAGUUACACUCGUGUGGCGACGUAACUUCAGCGCCCAAAUAUAAAGCCGAAAUGAGGGGGGGUGGGGGGGAAGGGCAGCCGCGUGCUCACGGAAAGUUUGCCCAGCACCUGCCCGCCCUCCGCUUCUAAAGAAAACCGAAACUCCGCGCGCACACCACGUGCGCGUCCCUCUCCCCCGAAACGUCCGCGAGGCGUCGCCUCGCGCGCUCUCCCGACCGCGCCAAAAAGGCCGGUCGGAGGCGCGGGCACGUUCGGUGCGUGCGAGCCGCGCUGAGGGGCAGGCCGUCGAAAAAAGCACCCCGUCGCCGAGGAAAGAGCGCGCGCGCGUUGCGUGGCUGCAUCGUCCCGGAGGAGUCACCAACAGCACCCCCUCCCAAACAUCCAUCCCCGAGCACCGCCAAACACAUCGAGAAGCCAAGAAGAGCCCCCUCCGUCGAGUCUCCUUCCACUGCAAAUCCCACCGGUCCGCGCCUUCGUCACCCGUCAUCGCCGACAAUAUCCGCGCACGCAUCGAGAAACUGUUCAGGGCCGCACGUCUUCCGUUUGACUUGGACGUCCGUAGAACACGCGCACACAAAGACACACACACGCAAAGAAAGAGAGAGGCCUUGGCAAUGGCUUUGGCAAGGAACCUGGUCUUAGCGUUGUCCCUGUUCGUGGUCGGACCGUGGGCAUCAGUGACCGCGGUGGGCGCGGGCCUCUCCGAUGCCCCGUCCGUCAGGCUCUGCGGACGACGACUGGCCGACUUCGUGUGGAUGAUCUGCAUGGACCGAGGCGGCGUUCACAGCCACAUGGACCGGCGAGCCCUGAGCACGGUGCGGAGGCCGUUCAUCAUAUACAGGCCCUCGCCACUCCGUCGCGAUGGCGGCGCCCAGGGCAGAGCCGGAGAUGAAGACGGCAGCACCUCGGCCGAGGCGGUCGCCACCACGACAGCACCAGAGCCAGCCGUAAACUCCGCGAGGUAUCACAGCUCGCAAGGGCAAUACUCGAGCGGCGGCAUAGUGGAAGAAUGCUGCCGCAAGCCGUGCAGCUUUACAACGCUGGCCAGUUACUGCGCCAGGCCGUCGGAUGGCACCAGCCUCGACGCCUUCAAUCUAGUCGCCUCCUCAGGCUCCUCUUCAGCUUCUGCAGCUUCUUCAGGUUCGUCCGAGAGUGGCAUGCAACGCGACCGGCAGGAACCGUCGCCUCUCAUUCAGCAGCGCCUCGAGCCGUCUACGACGACGACACCGCCCCGUGUCGUUACGUCGUCCCGGCUCCAGAUGGCGCACGAGGUCAACAGGGAGCACAACGAGGUUGACAACACCAGUCCUCACAGGCGCCCUGGAACAGGGUCGCGGCACACGACGGGCCGCAUGCUGCUGCCGAGUAUGCCAUUCCUGACAUCACCAGAGGACGACACCCCAUUUGCGACCAGGCCGCGCAUCGGAACCUUCAGUCGGCACCGGCCCUACUGGUAUGUCGUGCAGGCGGCAUUCAACGAGGAUGCAGAAGAGGAACGUUAGGAUGCCUAGACACUCAACAGCAGGCCUCAAAUCUGGCCGGCUAAGAAACGACCGUGGCAAAUUUCCCGUGGAAACCUACCUCCUGGCAAAGGCAUCUCGGAGCGCCGCCUUCUUUUGGCCUCCUUCAAAGGACUCGCCAGAACUUUGGCUGUCUGUUGCAGCUGUGUGUGUGCUGCUCCCAACUUUCGGUUCCUCGUUUGUGCCUAUGUCCUUAUACUGAGGUUUUGCCACUGCUCCACGCAUGGAGUGAGCUCGUAAGUGAGUGCAGUCCUUGAUCAUGGAGUCAUGGAACAUGAAGGAGCAGGAACUCUCAACCGACACCAGUGAACAGCGAUAACGUCACAAGGAACAGAAGCAUGAAAGUGCUGAGAGGGACAUCUAAUGGAAUAGAUUUGCUGAUUGAUUGCUAUGGCAAUCCUAAGCAAUGGUUGUUUACAUUCAUGGCCACCAGGUAACUCCAGCGUUCUGAGCCCUGAGCAUUCCAUAGCAACUGUGACGUGUGAUCCCAGAUCAGAUAACCUGCUUCUGAAUGCUCCUUGCACCAUGUCAAUGGCAUUGUAUGUCUGUACAUUCGAUGAACCCACUCAGGUGAACAUGAUUAUGUCUUGUUUUAGUGAAAUUUUACAUUUUGAACACAUAUGCAGCCGAGCUGAAAUGUUUUAUGUCAUGACUGUGAAAUGUGACUGAACACAUGGAAGUGAACAAUUUAAAAAGAAAGCUGAUUUUGCUCCAUAGACGUCAGCCACGCUAAAUUUUAUUUAGCUGUAUUUCCUAACAAGAUCUCUGAAUAUGUUAUGCACAUGGCAUUUUGAUGUGAUGAGCCUGCAUUAUAUUGAGACUUGCUAUCAUAUAUAUAUGGCAUCUUCAUCCACAUUUCAAUUGUUGCUACCAUAAGGACUUCAUGAAGCUGUACUGUCCUUCACUGUUCCACACAUGGGCUGGCGCUCAAGUACCGCUAAGGAAAGCUUGAGAACAUCAGCAUACCUCAUUCACAUGCAUAAAUUUGGAAUCUUGGGCAUGAAACAGAGCUUGCUGCACCAUGCUCUUCCUAGCUAUAAAGGUGCACUGGACACCACAGCUUAUGCUUUCCUUAAGUGGACAUGAGUAAUCUGCCCUUUUCCAAAUACAAAUGUAGAAAAAUUUUGCCACUUUGAUUUGCAGCAAAAUUUGCUUUAUUGGUGGCUAACAUAAAAUAAAAUGCUUCUGCAGCCGAAGAAGUUCAUUUCUGGUUAGCAGGCAUCGCAGGCUUCACCUGAGAAACAUAUUGCACUCUUUAAGACCUGAACUUUCAGGUGGAAGAGGUAAAGCCACAUCACAAUGGUGGGCUUUGUAAAAGAUCUUUCACAUUUUUUUUGGAGGAACUUACAAUAUUGUGACGCCAACUGAAAUAAUAGUCGAGAAGCGUGUUCUGCUACCAGCAUAGAUAAAAGGGCAUUGUCUACUGUGUGGCAAGCACAGGCUGCAAAAUUACCACCUUUUUUGUUUUUGCUAUACUGAUGUCUAUGUUUACGUAGUAACCUUGUUUAUCACUAUACUUGUGGUUCAGUCCAGUUUCAUAAACUAUGCGUGUGAUCACGCAAGUCCAUUUUUACUUUGUUACCACAGGUGCUAGCUACCAUCCCCAACUAGGCUUGCUUUGGCGAGUUAUACAUAAUGGUUUCAUCAUUUGCCUUUAGGCAUCCCAUAUUAUUUAAGGCUCAUUAGUACUGCUAGCAACCAUGUCAUCAAACUGAAAAUGAUAUGAACUGUGCAAGUUCUUAUUCCACAUUUUGUUUCAGCUUCGGCGUUGCUUGCAGCUGUCCUCUACAUUAAGCUUCUAACUCCUUCGUGUGUCAUCAAUGCUUUUGGCAUACCUCCACGCCAAAUGGAAAGCAGUCUUCUUAUCUCGCAAACAGAAAGAGUGCCCGAGCCGCUCUAUCCUGUUAUCUAGUCGAGCAGCUGCAGCAGAUAUCUUUGAGGGAGGCCAAUCAACCGCUCCCUAUCGUGCCAUCCGAGUUUUAUUUAUUCAGAAAAAGAAAAAAUGUCCCUCAUGCCAUCGUCCCACCAUUCCCCAUUCCUCAGCACUUUUCCCCUGCUUUGCUAUCCCACGCGUUUUGCUGCACAUAUGAGAACCGGCAUGUUGCUGUACAUAGAAAACAAUGACUCGAUAUGAUCUCGCUGCAAGGCUUAUACUUGUGAAGACAUUUAAGAGUUGCCUCGGCAAACGACCAUGGGUUGUUGGAUAUCAUUUAACCUGCCUUCAUGCCAUUUGUAUACCCUGUGUCGCACAUUGCUGUUCAAACAUUCUGAGACGCUGGAAGCAAAUGUCUGUUUAAUCAAUAUAGUGACAGGCCUGCAGUUUUGUGCAGUCUGCCACGGAAACGCCCCAAUGCAUGAGCAACCGCUUUGCACAGGGUGGUCUGGGUUUCUCUCCGAAAUGUCGAUGAGACAGGAAUGUGGAUGUCGACGCUGACAUCUGCCAUGUUGGUUUUGUCAUCUGCGCACCGUACAAAAAUAGUAUGGAUUACCAGCCAGUCUAUCUUGAUGUAAAAGAGACCGGAAAUACACGAUAAAAAGGUGACCCAGAAAGCAUGUGAACUUCUUGUGUAGACGUGAGUUUUUGAUAUUGGCUGAAUUCUGAAAGGUAUGAUGUCAUAACACGCAGAGGGAAUACUACUUCACCUUGUUACACUUUGGCAGUUAUCUGUUUAGUGCACUGGUACAAACUGGAUGAGAAUGCUCUGGUGCAAACAAAGAGCCAUAAUUUGCUCAUCAAUAAUGGCCAUUUGUAGUAGUAUGCGGAAAAACGGCAAAAUCUGUUUUGCAAUUGUUCAGAUUGCACAAUGCAGUAUAAUUUAUUAGAGGCAUGUUUUUAAACCAAUUUCCUGGUACUUUCAGUCACCGAAUGUUAUUAUUUCUAACCAUGAAAAAUUUUACCCCCUUACUAAUCAAAAUGCUGUCAAAUGUGCACUGCUUUAGGAACAGCAAAAUGUGUGAGCAGCUGCAUUUGCAUUCAGAAGUUGCCUUCAGUGAAUUCAAGCAGCAUCGGAGUGCAAUAAACAAUGUUCAAAAUUGAGUAAGCAAUCUUUUCCACACAUACCUUGCCUUAAUCAACAUGGCCAACCUCUCGGUCUCUUCAAUUUGUCAUCCUAGGCGUAGCCUGCUAUAUACAUUCUGUGCCUACUGGAUCAGCAAAAGCUGCUGCUUUUGCUGCAAGUGCCACUUAUGUAGGGUCAGAGUAAUGAUAUUUUGGGCAGGGGAAGGACAAACCUUGUCAUCGCCCUAUAAUGUACCAUAGCAAAUCUAUAGGAAAAGGAACUAUAAACAAGAAAUUCAUUAUUCACUCGCUGCUAUGACUCUCUUAUUGAUUCCCAUGCUUUUCUUGUCAGCAGCGACCACCCAAAAAUGUAAAAAGUGUGCUUGAGAGGUACCAUUGCCGUAGUUCCAGUGACUGCAGCUUCCUAUAGGAUCGCCAACGAUCCGGCAAGGCCAGAUUAUACAGGAGGCUAUGUCCAGGGCUGGCUAGCCCUGCCUGAGGUGCUGCUUGUAAUCAAUCAGCUUAAGCAUACACAGCGUCUUGGGCAGUCUGGGACAACAUAUUGAAGAGACCCACUGCUAAACCUAGAUGGAUUGUGUGAGGAACAAAUGGUAACAAGGAUGGUGGCUCCAGUAGCGAUCAGUCCAUACAAUGACACCUUAUUUGCAAUUUUAGACUGAGGUUCACAACUUUGCUUAGGUCAGACAAUGUUUGUGUAGAAGUGACUAGCACAUUUUUAAUACUGUCUAUUGUUUACUACUUUAGUGCAAAACUAUAGUAAUGAAUUCGGCAGCAGAUAGGAUGAAAGCAUAUUGCGAUUCCGUAUUCACAGCAGAGAGUGUCAGUUACGGAUGUAUUUGAUAGUGUGAAAUUUAUAGGGUGUGACAGCGUGAAAGGGAACAGCUUAUUAGUACUUGAUCAACGGUUACUGUGGAAGUGUUACCUCAAUCCUCUCGCACUAACGCUUGCCAUGAACAGUCUUUCCUCUCAAUGAAUCUAAAUCGAAGCAAAUCAUUUGCUUGCUUUCAUAUUGGUCUCUGCUGUAAACUUAUAUUUGUGCACUGGUUAUAAUUAAUUUAGGAAACUAAACACGCUCCUCCCUGAAAUUUUACUCGCUCCAUGGCAAAUUAAAGGCACCAGGUGUCUUAACGAUUUCUUAAAAUGCUGGUCACAUUUCUUAAUUUGUCGAAUUAGCCAGGGCAGCUCGGAGUGUGAAUGUCAUGCACACAUUUACCAGUGGUGCGGUACGGUAAUUACAGUACGGUAAUUUCCACAUUAAGGAGGGGAGCACCCAAAAACUCAGAACCUUCUGCUAAGGUGCUACUACUGCUGUCCAAAAUGUGUACACUAAUUUGCAAUGUUUGCUUUCUUCUCGGAGUGGCUUGCACAGUGAUACAAUGUCGUUGCAAGAAAGUAUGCUUCGUAAGAAGCAGGGCCCCGUGCCAACUUAGUUCCCAGUGUACUGCCUCCUGUCCAAGAGAAACACCCUCCCAGAUAUGCCAUUUUUUUACGUGCACGCUAUGUAUAAAGUGAUUCUGUUGUAAAAUAAAGCAUCUUCCUUUUUCGCAUCUUC